AUGCCUUCUGGAACAAUGAAGGCCUGGCACGUUGUCGGCAGUAACAAGGACAACUUCGACACGCUCAAGUUUACCGAAGAUCCAGUUCCAGAACUGGGAGAUCACGAUGUCCUCGUGAAGUGUGAGUUCCUCAAGUGAGAAGAUUCAAUGAUGAUGGCAAAUGCUGAUAUCGAACAUAGUCAAGGGCUCGUCUCUCAACUAUCGCGACCUUAUUAUCCCCAAGGGCAUGUACCCAUUUCCUCAGCGCGACAACGUUGUUCCAGCAUCCGAUGGAGCAGGCACUGUGGAAGCGGUUGGCAAGUCCGUGACUCGUUUCAAGAACGGCGAUAAUGUCAUCACGCUCUUCAACCAAGGUCACAUUGCCGGCUCGGUCGACGAGAUUUCUCUUGGUGGCGGCGUCGGUGGUGUUGUUGAUGGUGCUCUUCGACAGUAUGGAGCCUACGACGAACAAGGACUCGUCCACAUGCCCUCCAACUUGAACUACCUGGAAGCUUCGACUCUGACAUGCGCUGGCUUGACGGCUUGGAAUGCUCUGUAUGGCUUGAAGCAGCUCAUGCCAGGUGACUGGGUUCUUACUCAAGGCACUGGGGGCGUGAGCAUCUUCGCUGUGCAAUUUGCUAAAGCUGCCGGUGCGAAGGUCGUCGCCACUACUUCUUCGAAGGAGAAGGGCGAUAAGCUUAAGCAGCUCGGCGCGGACCACGUUCUGAACUACAAGGAGGACGAAAACUGGGGCGAGACGGCAAAGAAGAUCACUGGCGGUCGAGGCGUGCAACACGUCGUUGAAGUCGGUGGACCGAACACCAUGAAGCAGUCUUUGAAGGCCAUUGCGUUCGAUGGUGUCAUCACGAUCAUUGGCUUCCUCGGCGGAGCAAAGGGCGAAGAGCAACCGACUUUCUUGGAUGUCUUGACGAACAUCUGCACAGUUCGCGGUAUAAUUGUUGGAUCGCGACACCAGUUCGAGGAGAUGAACCGCGCGGUCGAGGCGAAUAACAUCAAGCCAGUUAUUGAUGAGAAAGUCUGGAAACUGGAGCAGGCCAAGGAUGCUUAUCAGGUAAGGAUUCGAAGUUUCUCCGCGUCAAGUACAGAAUCAGAUGCUAACUUUCGACUACAGUACAUGUGGGACCAGAAGCACUUUGCUAAGGUUUGUAUUGAGAUUGACUAA